UCCUAGUCCAGCUCUGGCCAGCAGUGAUCAGUCCUUCACUCCAGAGCCACAGGAGAUGAUGAGGGAGAUGUGGCUAUCAUCCCGUGACAAUGUCAACCUUCUCUUUGAGAUAUGUCAUCAAGCUUUUCAUCUGCCAUUGUCUCAUCCAGGUGUUGUUAAUAAACUAACUGAAUUAUAUUCAUCAUGGGUGCAGGAUUCCAAUAAGCCGUUGUUUAUGGAGGCUCCUGCCCCUCCCAUCAUCGUAUCAUCACUUCCUGUCAGUCCAAGUCCAGCCCCUCCCCCCGCCCCCUCACUCUCAGUCCUCCCGUGGGAGGCCAUCAGUGGGUACAGUAAAUUUGACAGAUCUGAUGUGAGAGCUGGUCUCCAGUCCUCCUUAAAGAUGUUCAUAGCGCACACAAGUCAACUCUUCUUACACCAGCAGUCUGGUAGCAACGGGCAUCAAUUAGAGAUACAGGUGGACAGCGGUCGUAGGAUAUUGAAGUUAUACCAAGAGAUCGUGCAACAAUGGACACUGGACGGGGAAACGUGGUUGUACUUAUUGUCAGUAUUGCUACAUUUAACGAUAACAUUAUUGUAUGAUGAGUCAUCCCCUCCUCCUGAGAACAGAGACACUAGUCUAGGAGGAAGCAUAGCUGACCAGCUGCUGCAAGUAAUGGAGAUCAGUUUCUAG